UUACUUAAAUUCACCAUUUCUGUCACCUGGCUCAACCUGUAUAGCUCCAUAAUUAAUGUUUUCAUUCAUUAGGGUGAUAGAGUCUAGAGAGAGAGACACGUGACAGUAUAUUGUAGUCAAAUGAUUAAUCCAGAAUCCAGACCAUAAAACUCUAGGGCUGAGUUUGUUCAACUACAUCCUUCUCCACGCUAAUUAAGGUGUGCCUCAUCUAAUGUCCAUAAUAAUAUAUUUACAAAAUUAAACUAAACUAAACUCUUUAAUUAAGAGAAUUACUUACUUAGAGUUAAUGGUAAUGAAUGAUGUGGUCUGCACUUUGCAAGUGUGUGUAAUCACAUUAAACAAAACUUGUGUUUAAUGUUGGGACUUGGGAUAUUCAAUGCAGAAUUAAUGGGCAUCUUACUCAGUGAGUGUAGAUAAGUUAAAGCAACUCCAUUAUUUUCAUAUUAAAUGUUCUGAUGAGACUCACUUGCCAUCCAAUCCAAUCCACCUUCAUCACUCAUCAUUUAAAUACUAUUUUCUUUUAUACGAGUCACCACUCAAAUUUUAUUUUAUUAUGUAAUUACCUUUUCUUUUAUUCGAUCCUUCCACUGUUUGAACUAUUUGAAUUCGUUUUUCUUUCAUAAUAUAAAUAUAAAAUAUACCUAAUUAGCAUAUAUUUCAACUAUUUUUACUGAUAAUUCCCUUAUUAUUUUAUUUUAUUUUUCUCAAUAAAAUGUUCUUUUGUCUUUAUAUAUCAAACUUUCUCAAAUCUUGUUCAUUCUUUUUGCUCUCUCUUUUUGACAAACAACUCUGUCCCUCAUCAUAAACAAAAGUUAGCAUGUCAUAAGGAGCUGAAUAGUCAUACUUGUACCACUAUUUUCUUUUUUUAAACUUACUUAAAUAUUACUCUACCUUACUAAAAGAAAAAACCAAAAAUAUUGUAUAUGCGCAGUGCACUCAAAAUAUGUCAUGACAUUAUACUUUUAGUAUAAAGAAAAGAUAUUUGAAAGAUGAAAAAAAGUCGGUGAGGAAGAAAAUUAAAUAGAUUGAUAAGAAAUAAAAAAUGCAGAUAUCUUCAUUCUUAUUCCUUACAAAUCUAAAUAAAUAAAAUUCUUAUCUUGUUUGAUAUCAAAAAAAGGAAAAUAAUAAUGUAAAAUAGAAUAAAUUAAUUUAAAUUUAAAGUAAUUAAAGAUAAAUAAGUAAUUUGGUUUAAAUAUAUAUCAUAAGAAAAAUUCUCUCCUGCCAAUUUCCAGCUUGUAAGUUAGCAUAUAAUUUACUUAUUUAAGAUUUUUUUUUUCUAAGGAAAUAUAUAUUAUUUAAUCCUACAGAUUUCAAGCUUGUAAGCUGUAAGAUAGACUAUGUUAGAUCACAAGUGCAAAGCACGUGAUCACUGUUUAUGUGUAAUUUUAAACUCCUCCAAUAAAACAUUACCUUUUUUUUUUUUGUGCAAGACUAAAAUAUAAAUAGGGGCAUAAAAUAUCUUCUUCGGGGCCUAGCAGGUUAUGACACAAAAUUUUUACAGAUGUUUUUUAAAUUAGCACGUGAGAAUAUAUAAGCUAGAUCAAAAAGCUUUCAAAGUUUCACCCGAAAAAAAAAAAAAAAAGAAGAAAGAAAGAAAUGACCGUUAUUUGAGGAAUAUAUGUAAUGCGCCUUUGACGAGUCUGAAACAGCCUCUGGUAAUAUUUUGAGCUUUCCUUGGUCCUCCAAUGGCGGAGAUUAUCUAACCAACACCAAUAAUCGCUGUCUUUCCGUGAAAUUGAAGAGCACAGAGAACAGGCAAGCUUCAGUUUCAAUGAGAGAGAUCAGUGAUGCUGAAUAUGUAUCAGUUGGAGGAGAAGCACAUCCCCCUAUGAGUAAUAAUAUCAAGAAAGUCUCAGUUUUACCUCUGGUUUUCUUGAUAUUCUACGAGGUUUCUGGAGGGCCAUUUGGAGUAGAGGACAGUGUUGGGGCUGCUGGGCCUCUUCUAGCUCUUGCUGGUUUCUUGGUCUUUCCAUUGAUAUGGAGUGUCCCAGAGGCGUUGAUCACUGCAGAGAUGGGUACCAUGUUCCCUGAGAAUGGGGGUUAUGUGGUCUGGGUGUCAUCUGCACUGGGCCCCUUCUGGGGUUUCCAGCAAGGUUGGAUGAAAUGGUUGAGUGGUGUUAUAGAUAAUGCUUUGUAUCCAGUUCUGUUUCUGGACUAUUUAAAGUCUGCAAUUCCGGCAAUAGGUGGUGGCUUUCCAAGAAUCAUAGCAGUGUUAAUUUUGACAGUCAUUCUUACCUAUAUGAACUUUAGGGGUUUAACCAUUGUUGGAUGGGUAGCUGUUCUCCUGGGUAUCUUUUCAAUCCUUCCUUUUGUGGUCAUGGGAGUUAUAGGGAUCCCAAAGUUGGAGCCUUCAAGAUGGUUGGAGGUAGAUCUACACAAUGUGAAUUGGAACUUAUAUCUGAACACUCUGUUUUGGAACCUUAAUUAUUGGGAUUCAAUAAGUACACUUGCAGGCGAAGUACAUAACCCAAAGAAAACUCUGCCGAAGGCUUUGUUUUAUGCUUUGAUCUUGGUAGUUGUUGCCUACUUCUUCCCCCUCUUGAUCGGUACUGGGGCUGUUCCGGUUGAUCGUCAUUUAUGGACUGAUGGGUACUUCUCGGAUAUUGCUAAAAUCAUUGGGGGAGUUUGGCUUAGAUGGUGGAUCCAGGGGGCUGCAGCAAUGUCAAAUAUGGGGAUGUUUGUCGCUGAAAUGAGCAGUGACUCGUUUCAACUUUUAGGAAUGGCAGAAAGAGGGAUGCUGCCUGAGUUCUUUGCCCAUAGAUCUCGUUAUGGAACCCCACUGGUUGGCAUAUUGUUCUCAGCUUCUGGGGUGCUGUUGUUAUCCUGGAUGAGCUUUCAAGAGAUUGUAGCUGCAGAAAACUUCUUGUACUGCUUUGGAAUGAUUUUGGAGUUCAUAGCGUUUAUUUUGAUAAGAAUUAAACACCCAGCUGCAUCCCGUCCUUUCAAGAUACCAGUGGGAACUGUUGGAGCCAUUCUUAUGUGUGUCCCUCCAACCAUUUUAAUAUGUGUUGUGUUGGUUCUUUCUUCUGUCAAGGUGAUGUUGGUGAGCCUAGGCGCUAUAGCUAUAGGCUUUAUGAUUGAGCCCUGUCUCAAACAUACUGAGAAAAAGGGAUGGCUUAAGUUCUCCACCAGCACUGAUCUGCCAGAUCUUAAUGUUGCUCGUCAAGAAAGUGACGCCAUAAUAGAUGACCAAGUUCUUAGACCAUGAAAAUGUGAAACCCCAACACUACUUUGGUGUUACUACUACCUUCGUGAAGCGAUCUACAACAGCUUUUCUUCAAGUGAUCAAGCUAGUAAACAAGUACGGAGUUACAGGUCUGUAUUAUAAAGCUGUUGGUCGUCUUAGUAUUUAGAAUGAUGAUAAACCUGUUUGUCAUCUUAGUUUUUAGAUUGAUGAUAAAUAGAAAUGUUUGUGAAACCUUGAAAAAUCAGGCACUAGGAUACCAUGGUGAUGGUGUAGCGUUGUGAACUUGGUUUUAGUGGAGUGGUGAUUUGCCUUAGGUCAAAUCAAAUACAUAUAUGUACAUUAGACUUCAUAACUGGCACAGAUCUGUAAUGUGUAACCUUUUGUUAUGGUUGUUAUUCAUGGAAGAGCUUUAAUGCAGCUAA